GUCUCGCCGUCGUCCAUCGCCGCCGCUCUCCCGUCUCUUCCGCUGAAGCGCAAGCGGCUGCCAUUGCUCCGUGCUGAUGCGCCGGCCCUCGCCUUCUUCCUUCCUCUCGCCUACGCAUGCCCUCGUGACAGCACACGGAGGCGACAUGUUUGCUGACAGCGAUGCGCCAUAGCCGAGCAAGCCGCCAUGUCUUUAAUCCCGCUCGAAACGCCGGUGCUCAAGGUCAGCCGGCCAGUCGCUGCCUGCAGUCGCUGCCGGAAUGCCAAGAUCAAAUGCGACGGGAAAUUGCCCGCUUGCACGUCAUGCGAGAAGAACGGUCGAGCCGCCGAGUGCACGAGUACGAAUGACCAGUUUGCGAGAGGUAAGGAGCGCAGCUAUGUUUCGACUCUGGAGACUCGCAUCGACCGGCUGCUGGUGAAGCUGGAGGAGGCGCAGGCAAGGAAGCCCUCCGUCAUCUCCGUCGUCGACGAUGACAUGUCUUCACGAAGGACAUCCCAGGCUCAGGAGCCGCCGACGCCCAACAACAGCAGAAAGCUGAGGCGACGCGAGGUGUCGGCCAUUGACGACCUCGUCUCGGAUUUUGGCUUCCUCUCCGUCAAUGCCACGGCGCGUGAUUUCUAUGGGUUCACCACCGCCAUGUCCUACGCGCGUCUCGUUCUUUCAGCAUGCACCAAAGACCCGUUACCCAAGGCCAGAGGCCAAUCCUUGCCUAAUCGGCAGGCGGCUGUCGAGCUCAUCCAACACUACCUGGACAAUAUCUUCUCAUUACUUCCCAUGUUUGAUGAGAGCAGCUUCUACGGCUCUGUGGAGAACAUCUACGCUCAGGAUGUCUCAAAAACCAGCGCCCUGGAUCACUGGAUGGUCCGAAUGGUUCUAGCAAUCGCGCAUGCCUCCAAAUCCACUGAGCGCGGUGACUGGAACUACUUGGAAAGCAUCGGGCAUGUCUGUGCUGCGCUGGAGUUCGCAGAGUACGUACUACAUCCGGGUAACAUCUCGGGCGUGCAAGCGCUGCUCCUCCUCACCCAGUAUGCCACGCUGGACCCGCAUCAUUUCGAUUCGUGGAGUCUGAUUGGCGCCGUGUCACGCGCAAUGGCCGACCUGGGCCUCCAUCAAGACCCCCCCAAAGGCGCGCCCAUGAGCAGAAGCAAGCUCGAACUCCGCCGCAAAGUCUUCCACUGCAUCUAUGCACUCGAUCGAGCCACCUCCCUGGUCCAAACUCGCGCAUUCUCCUUCUCCGACGACAGCGCAAAGGUCAAGGUUCCAUUCCACAAGCUACCCAGCUCCGCCCCGCCAACCCCAAAGUCGUCAAAUUCGACUCAGCAACAGAAUGUAUUUCGGGCGGGCCACGAGCACGCCCUCGAACUUGUCUCCCUUCGCCAGAUCCAAUCCGCAUGGUACACCGACCUAUUCCAGUCCGGGCGCGAAUCGUGGCCAGACCCAUAUUCGUAUAUCUGGGACAAGUGCGCCGCCAUGCGCACGUGGUUCGACGGCUUGUCCUCUACCACGCCAGCAAGUUUGCGAGCCUUUUUUCUGCUGGAUCUGCUUUACUCCUACAUCUACGUCCUCUCUCCAUCACCGCGCGCCCCGCAGGUCGUUCCAUUCGCACAAAAGCUCAUCUUCGAGUACUGCAUUCAGUAUGCUGAGCUCUUGCUCUCCGCCAUCACCACGGAAUCGUACAUCGCUCCUGUCAACUUCUACGAUGCGAUGAGAGCGACCAUGGUUGGCCGGCAGUUCUUGGACGUACUACAGCACAACACCGAUCUAUUACUCGAUGGCUUUGUUCCGCAGCAUCCGGAGGUAAAGCCCACUGCUGCUGCUCCACCCCCAGUUCCCCCUGUUUCCUUGCCUCCCGGAGAGACAGUGCGGCGGUAUAACGCUAUUCGUAGCAUCAAUUGCAUCAAGAAUAUCUCGAAGUGCUUGGAGCUCUUGGGCAUCCGAUGGGGUUACAUGAGCUGGACCCAACGGUUCCAAAAAGAAGCCAACCCCAUGCUAGAGCAACUACAGCAACGCCUCCGCGAGAUCGACGAGAUGAAAGGCAUGCGAAAGCAAAGCGUUUGGGCUCCGCAGGAUUCGAUGCGCAAACGUAGCGUGUGGGCCGGUUCCGUCUCCUCGCAUCCUAGUAGCAACGGGAGCAUCUCCUACAGCACGCCUCCGCAGCACAUGGCUAACGGCUACCAACAACAAUCCCCACCCGACCUGCAACAAACGCUCAGCUUUGUCGAUCCCGGCGUCGGCCAGCGUCUCAGCCCAUCCAUGUACCCGCCCCAGCCCGACGCGUAUCCGCAGCAACAACAGCAGCAAUUCCACGUCCCGCACGACUCGGUCUACACCCAGCUGCAGCAAGACCCGCAGCAGCAACAGUCGUACGCCUCGGCCUCACCCCCGCAGCAGACGUUCAACUUCAACGAGCCCUUCUACCAAAGCCCCCCGAAUGCGGGCAGCAGCACCGCCCCGGGCCACCAAUUCGCGGCUUGGACGGGCUACAGUGGACCCGUGGUGCAGGACACGCUGGAUGAGGAGAAUGCCGUACCGCCGAAAUCCAAUGCUUGGGAUCUGUAUCAGACUUGAAGUUUGCUGAACAGUGUUGCCUAGGCCUUCAACGGAACGAAUACGUGGCAGGACGUUCCAAAUCCAAUGGCGCAGACAGCCAGCGCUUCAAACCCAGUCCCGCAAGACAUUGCAUUCUGGGAAACUACAGACUCCGUUGCGGGCCCCAGCAACCCCGCCUUCCCUCACUACCACCCAGCACAAA